UGAGAACGAAAUAUGCGUUUAUGUACGUUGGAAAGAAAAUCAGUUCUGAGAAAGCUCUUUGCAACACCUUUACUUUUCUAAACGGUAUAUCAGUCGAGAGUUUUCAUCUGAAUAUAAGUUUGGACCUUACCUCGACACCCAUCUCUUUAUUUGCGGAUAACGGCGAAAUGUGAGCUGAAAACGAUAUUUAGACAUUUCAACUGAAGCUGUCCUACUUAUUGUCAAGUGGCUUUCUACCAUUAUACGAAAUAUAAUUGUGUUCAGCGGUCGUGUCAAUAUUGUUUAACAUGAUUGUCGACCAUAAUUGGAGGACAAAUCUCGUCUCUUCAUAUAUUUUUGAAGCAUUAAACACUUACCACCAAAAUUAAAACUCUCUGAAGUUUUGAUAUGGACAGGGGAUUAUUCAGUACGUUUAAAGUCAUACAGUUUGAUCGUGUUAAUCACUUCAAAACAAACUUUUAAUGAAGCAACCGUCGCUUAUUUAAUGAUUCAUUAUACAAAGAACUUAUACGUUGAUUGACCAUGACAGGAAGUGCAUAUGAAGCCCUAUUGUGUGAAUUGAGUCAAUCUAAAACCAAGCGGAUGACUCUGGUAUCAAUACGAGUUCAAUGGUGUACUAUUCGCACAUACAGCAAGUGCAGGAACAAGUGUUAUUGGUAUUAUUCCGAGUUCAAUCUCAGAUCAACACCAUUUGCAUACACAAUUAGAGAAUGAUUCAUUUUGUCUAAUUUGGUUGCUUAAUCAGCCGAACAUAGAAGCUAUUAGAAAACCUGGACUACAUCUCAUCAACGAUGGCUUGUUCAAAGUACACACAAGUCAUUCUUUUAGUUCUUUCUGUCAUCAUCUUCUCUCAUCUGCAAGCAUCAGAAGCCAUUCGUAUAGAACAAGGACCAACAAAUGCAACCGUUGGUAUUGGUGAGUUGAUAACCCUGAUUUGUGACGUCACAGAUCAAAGUGUGAACACGAUUCUAUGGUAUCACGCAAGCAAGAACGUCUUUAUAAGCGAAGGGGGUCAUGUCUACAACAACGAAGGACUGCCACGAAAUUAUAACGUUCUGGUCGACGAAGGUGUUCGUUCGUUUAAUUUGCAAAUCAUCCAUGCAGAAAUCGAAAAUACAGGAUGGUAUGAAUGCGGCUACCUAAAUUCAAUGAAUAUCUAUAAAAGAUUAGGAAACUCUGCCUAUGUUAAUGUUCGGGUGUCACAUCGACCUCCAGAGAUGAUAUUGUCACCCCCAGUAUGCACGGUUGCCCAGAUACCAAUGCUUCCUGGCCAGGAUAGCGAAGUCGACAUCGUUUGCUCGUGGAUUAACGGAGGUCCAAACACACGACCUUCUCUGUUUUGGAAUGGUGCACCAAUCGGACAUAACAUUACCCUUGCGAAUCGCAUUAUUGGCAGAAUUGUGUCUUCGCACAUUUAUGGCUUCGCUUGCGGUCUUGUCCUGGCUAAUUCUACAGUUUCCAUCAACUCCACAUGUGACGUCAUUUCCGGUCGGAUAGCACGCAUUCGAAUGGACCCUCUUAUCAAUGAUGUCUACGAAGGAAAUGUUGCAAAUUUCUCUUGCAGUAUCGACGGUCAUGGACUCAAUCCCAUAGACCUCUUGAUCACAAAAGAUGGAAAGAAUCUAGGUAGAUCAUCUUUCGUGGAUUCCCUGAACGUUCAAUUUACCCCCGUUCUUCAAGAGAACAAUACUGUUUUAGUAUGCAUCGCAUCUGAUUUACCUGGUACUAUGAUUACAGUUGAGUCUGUUCUUCGUAUUCUACCUGCCCUCCAGACUACAACCGAUACCACUAGUACAUCUUUGACUAACUCUACUGACGCGAAUACCGUAACCCCGACUUUCGCCUCUUCGAUGAAAGCCCGGACUUUGUACAUGAUUAUCAUUAUUGUUGCAUCCAUGGGGACGAUGAUCUUCUGUAUCCUCGCCGUGGUUGGGGUGUGUGCCCGUCGCAGGCGAAGAAAGGUGGCUCUUCUCCAAGCAAACUAUACCUCUGAACUGUCAGUUGAGCUGGUGGAAACCACGUUGGUAUUGGAUGAAUCAGACGAACAAGAAGUCAAGAACACUACUGACGACGUCUCCGCAUAUGCUGUAUCAGUACCCUCUACGUCGGAUAUCCCAGAGGUAACUCUACGAUCACCACCGCUUACAACGUCGUCCGAAACUCCUAUAAGACGUUCGUCUUUACCCGAUCAAAAGAUCCAUUACCAUGGACUCGAAGAUAGCAUUACUAAAAUGGAUUUCCGAGAUAGAAAGCAGUCUGAGCCAUUUGUCGUUUACGCUAAACCACUUGAGAUGAAUCUUAGGAAGUGGGCGUCGCAGGGCGUGACUCCGUGUGGAAGUGAUAACGAUGCCGAUAUUAUCUCUGUGGUCUAUGCCAAACCAGAGAAGCCGAAAAUCCGAAAAUGGGCAUCUCAAGGAACAGGUGCCUUUGUAGGAAUUGAUUUUAAAGAGGGAAAUCGGGAUCCGUUUCAUCGAAAAGCAUCAGAGCCCGGGUCAUAUGCAGUGCCAGAUGGAUCUAAAUCUUCUCUGGAUACGACGAUCACAGGCUUGGGGAUGUUUCCUCAGUAUGCAAAACCCAACAAGAAAGGGAGGAGAUACAUAUCUCAAAAAGUCGGAAAGUCUUCCGUUUCCAAGACCAGGAAGUGGAUGUCAAUGUCUAAAGAACGAGUGGACAUUGACAAUUUUUCCAAAGUGCCAGCCUACUCCGAGGUCACAGGAUUGUCACAUGGCGGAUACGACGAUACCUCCCAAAUGGAAGAAUCACCAAGCGUUCCUAGUAGGGAAUCGGAGAGUAAAACAAAACCUGACGUACCAUUUAGCAAGUCGCGAUCGUUACCAUCAUCUUCACCCCUCUAUGCAGAUCCUGAAGAUUUCACAGGCCCUUCUGCAUCACUUAGAUAUGGUGGAUAUGACAAGGUCAAUGUAAUACAAUCGUCCAUUAUCCAAGAGGUAAGGGAAAGGUUAUCAAAGAACCCUCAUUACGAGAGCAUACCCGUUGAGAAAGAGCUCGCCAAUAGGACCAAAGCAGAGACGACUACGUCAUCCGACAACCAUAGCGAAUCAUCUACCACAUCUGUGUAUGAAACUGAAGCAGAGGGAACGACUCAAAGUUACGAUGCUUCCCCUGAAGAUUCCUACGAGGUUAUUGAAGCGAAUUCUUUGGACUCGUUGUUAUCUGACGAGGACGAUGACGAUGGCGAAGACUUUGAUCCGGAGAAUGAUUCGGAGAAUGAAACGCAGAAUUCUCACUAUCAGAUGACGAGGUUGAAACAGAUUCUGUGAUAAAAAUGUAAAUCUUCUUAAGUGUUCACUUCAUAUUACGGUUAAACCCGUUCUCAUGUGCAGAUCAUGAUAUCGCUGUUAUGAUUUAUUAGUUUAUUCUUUAUUACACUUAUGUGAAAUAUUUCAGUUCAAUGUUAGUAAUUGAAACGUCGUUUUGAUAACAUUUGCUCAAAUUAAUGCACUCUCUUGUGUAGAUAUAAUGCAUUAGGGACUAGUAGAUAUAUCUGUAAUCAAUAGGAACAUAUAAACUCCAUUUGCGAUAGCGUUGACAGGAGUGUAAAUGUCCACAGAAUCUUUGAGUAUUAUAACGGUUGCUUGAUAUCGUCUUUGUAGUAGCAAAGGUCAUUUUAUCAUCUAUGCAACAGGGAUGAGAAGCGGGAGUCAAGAAUUUACUUACGCUCAACUUUACAACUGGCAGAACCAUUAACUGGCAAAUUUAUGCCUCAACUACUUUAAAUCUAACGCUCUAAGUUCAAAAUAGGAAAAUAAAUGUACAAAGUAAUACGCUCUUUAUUUUGUUUUUAUAAAGUCCUGUUUACUAAACAGUAAAGUAAUUGUUUUAACGGAGUCCAACGAUUUAUAGUCUUUCAUUUAAAUAACCAUCAUACCAUUCAGCUUUCCUUCUUCACUUUGAUGCCAAAUAUAAUGUAUAGUUCAUGCAUAUAGAUGAGCAUUCGAACAGUUAACGUAAAACCAAAGAUAGCUCGAUAUUUUUUUUAAGGAUGCGACGACCUUUCCUAAGAAGGGGAUGGCUGCGCUCAGAUCAUAAGAAUAUCUUUUGCAUUCUUGUUUCAUUUUUUCACUAAUCUCUGAGGGCGGACUUAGAUUCACACGUGGUUUAAUUUAAAUUUAGGGAAAAACAAUGAAAUGACAUCUUAUUUGGAUGACAAAUAUUAAUAUAAUGAUUACAAAGUUUUGUAAACUUAUGGCUCGGUCACAAAUGUCAUUAAGAAAUCACUGUUGCGAGGGCCUUACGAACGAUUUUUAGACCGAUCUAUCUCAAGAAGGCCAUACGAAAGUAGCAUUCGCAGACAGUUCGUAGACCGUUUGUAAGUUUGCACUUGAUUCGAUGGCCUUGUCUAAGAUGUAUUCAACACAGUUCAAACCCUCUCUUCGUAAGGCAGUCGUACGAACGUCAUAAGAGCAUAGUAAGAACUAUGCAAGAUUUUAUGGGGAUGAGAGACAAUUCUAGAAGCAUUUCAAAAGUUUUACAAUGAUCGUAAAGAAUGUAUUACGUUCUUAAUAGAUGGCUCUUACGGAGUUAGUAAGUUCGCAAGAUGGUCAUAAGUCUGAGGGAAGAAUAACUCAAGUAAAACGUGCGAAUUAUAGGGCGAUUGCACACCUGAAAAUCAUUUUGUAUAUUAAGGACGUUCCACAGGUAAAAUGAAAUCCAUGUAAUUUUUGAAAAAAUUUUGCACAAAGUUACUUUAGCACCUAAUUAUUCCAAAUAUGCCAAAAUUAACAUGGGUUCAUGUGCUUGAUAUUUUUUGCUAUCGAGCUUUGAAGGUCACCUAGUUGCAAGGUCUCGAGAAAUACGCAUUUAAAAUGAUUUUGCGUUUUUGAACCCCACGAGAUCACAACGUUGAGUGUAAACGUUUAUUAAUCAGUCAAACUCCAUCUAAAUGUCACAAAAUGUUACAUUAUAGUUCAUAAUUAUACAAAAUUCAUUCAUAUUGCUAUUCGUUUGCCCUUUAAAGAGUAGUUGCACAUUCAAUUUUAAAAAUAAGGUGUGAAAGGUGACAAAAACAUAUCUAAAAAAAUUGAAAAUUAUUUAACAAAUUUAAGAGUUACAAUAAAUGCUGCACUUUAUUUUAAAUCCAUGUCAUUCUCACCGAAUUUUGCAUGGUUGUAGAGAAAGGUAUAUUUAGGAGGUGUAAACAUUAAAAAUUGGGACUUCAUGUGCUUGUUUUCAAAAUAUCAGCACUUUUGUUGGAGCAAAUGUACUUUAAAAACACAAAAACGAGCUAAGAGGCUUGUAUCUUCAUAAGGGAAAAUUCUACACCACCAUCCCCGGCCAUUUAGUCAAACUCGAGGUCAUAUUCGUCAUACUUUGCAGCACUGCAGACUAAAGUAUUCGUAAGAGGUAGAGGCGUUUUAAAAGUUGGUCCAUAUAUUAUUUACAGAUAACAGCUUCGUAAAAUAACAUAUCAAGGUUUGCUGUUAUAGUGCAGAUGCUUGGAAAAAUCAGCUGAUAACAGUAGCAGCUGGUUACUCACCUGUUCACGUAUUGUGACGUUUACGCACAUGGCGUAAAAUAUGCGCAGAUGGAGAUGCGAACAAACAUAAAUAUCUUGUUAAAAAUAAUGGAUUGAAAAUAAUUUUUGGAUCUCCAUAGAACAUUACGCAUAUUGGACUUAUCGAAUAUUUAUCUAUGAUGAAGUCCUAUAUUGUUAGAACACCAUUGUUAUGAAAAAUCACUUUUAUAAAAUGGAAAGCUUAUUUGUUACGAAAUGUAAAAAAAGUUAAUUAAUCAACAAUACAUGAAUAAUAUGAUAUAAUCAUGGCAAUUUUCACUCAUAUUUUGUACAGCUAUGACUGUUUUGAGAUAAAAUCAAAAUCUUUGAAUUAUUAAACUGAGAGUUGAAUUGUAAUUUUCCUAUUUACCCACCAAAUUUGUGCGCAGGUGUUGCUUUUUAACAAAGUUCCAACAAUGACAUUAAGAAACUAUUAUUAUAUUUGGGGUUACGCAGAAUAUAUCAUUAUAUUUCUUGUUUGUGAAUCUCGUUGCAACCCCUCGAGACUUUUUUGUCCCCCCACACGCAUUUUCCAUCCCGUGAAUUUAAUAUUCCCGGAGGCGAAGUCGUAAGAAGCUUUACAUGUAUUAGAAAAGCAAGUAAUUAUUGACCCAUUCAUAUGAAACCAUCUUGUAAAUUGGAGAUUUGAUCAAAAUAUGUUCAAAAUAAUACUUGUCAUGCUUGUUGCAGUUAGUUGCUGUAUCGAAGGUAACAUGUAAUCUAUUGUCUACGCCAUAGACGCCGAAUAGGCGUAAACACAUUACAUUUAACCUAGUACCCAAUGCCAAGAGCUUAAUAUCAUUCUGAUACCAGGAAGUCAUAAAUUAGUAGUAGAUAUAAAGAGAGUUGAGUUUUAUCUUAUAAUAAUAACACCCGUCGCUUUUAACAAGAUUGAAUUCUAAUCACUUUUUUAUCAGACGAUAAGUGGAUGUCGCUAGAAUAGCAACAUGCAAUUAACUACAAUGAAUGACUAAAAAAUUAUGGUUGACUGUUUACCUGCACCUUUAUAGGUGAGAGUGAACAAGAUGAUGAUGGUUUCACGAUCGGAUUAAUCAGAUUGAUUAUAUUUUACAUUAAAUUUUGUUAUCAUUUUA